AGGUUAGUGUAAAUAAAAAUAUUAAAGGUUAUAAACAUUGUUUUUAGAUUUUUUAAUAUCCAUUUAAAUAAUUUUGUAAAAGAAAUAUGUUUCUAAUGAGUAAGACUCUUAAUAUUAUGUCUAGAACAGUAGUUGGCACAGCAAAUACUAACAUCGUUAAGUUAAUAUUUCCAUUCAUCCCGGAAAGACAAAUUACCAGUAUAAAUUAUAUAAAAAAGCAUUGUUCAACAGUUGCAAACAAAGAAGAGGAUAUUAACUAUAAUGAUGUAACAAAUGGUGAUAAAGAAUUGGAACAUAAAUUAAAAGUACUGAUGUUAGAAGCUGAAGUAAUGCGACAAGAAGGAAAAGCUGUACCUGAACAUAAUUUUCUCAGAGAAAAACAUUGGAAAGAAAUUUUGAACCUUUCCUCUAGAUCUGCAAGACAAAAAUAUUUAGAGUAUCUAUUUAAGUUAUCAAAAAGAAAAGAACAUGAGAAGGUGAAAAAGGAAGAAAAAAGACUUGCAUUUGAAGAAUUUUUGGCCAAAAAAGAAACGGAACCCAAAAAAGAAGAAACAAUUGAAGAAUUUGCCCUGCAGUAUGAUCUUCAACACAAUAACUUAUUUUUAAGAGUUUAUGACACAACUAUAAACCAAUUGUACAACAACCGAUUGAUCCAAGCUAUGCAGUUUGGUCAAAAAUUGGUAAUAGAUUGUGGGUACGACGUUAAUAUGACCAAAAGGGAAAACCUAAAUUGUGCUAAACAAUUUAUGUUGUUAUUUGCUGAAAAUAGAUUACAUGAUGAUCCGUUUGACAUCCACUUUUGUAAUGCAAAUAAGAACGGUGAUUUAAUAAAACAGUUUUAUAAAUACGUUCCAACGAUAGACGAACCAUGGUUUCCCUUAAAUUUACACGAAGCUAGUUAUUUAGACCUUUAUCCCAAAGAUCAAUUGGUGUACUUAACUCCACAUUGUAGAGAUGAAAUAAAGGAAUACGAUCAUGAUGCUGUGUAUAUCGUUGGUGGUAUAGUGGACAAAGUCAACCAGGAACCAUUAUCUUUAGCAAAGGCUAAGAGGGAAGGAAUACGAAUGGCAAAACUACCUCUGGACAGAUAUCUUCAAUGGGGAGCUGGGUCGGGUAAAAGUCUAACAUUAAACCAGGUAGUGGCAAUUUUACUUGACCAAAAAGUGACGGGAGAUUGGCAGCAUUCUUUAAGGCAUGUUCCAAAAAGGAAACUUAUGGAAGAAAGUACUUUAAGAGCAAUCGAACAAACUUACAAUAGAAGAAAACAGACUCAGUUUAAACCACAAUGGAAACCCUCACGAAAUGUGAAUUUUGAUAAUUUAGGAUUUAAUAAUAGAAGUAAGAAAAGUUUUAGUAGUAAUAAUAAACCAAAAAGAACUAUAAAUGUUAAUUCAAUGUUAGAAGAAUGAUUUUUAU